CAUCUUCCCACUGGGCGGCAUUUUCGUUGUGAUAGGACUGGCAACAGUAUUUUAUGUUGGUCUUGUCGUGAUCCGGUUCUUUGACGGUCUUGUGCCUUUCAAUUGGCUUUGACCGCAACCUCAUUGCCGUCCUUUGCUCCCAAUACUCACCCGGUUGGAUUUCGACAUGUCUGCAGACGUGGAAUCUGCGCCUCGAAAUGGCGACCUCGAGGAUCUUGACAUUCCGGAAGACCUGAACGGAGGAGACGCGUCGGACGAUGCAGAUCUAUUCGGAGACGACGAUGAAGAGCCCGCACAAGGCGACGAUUUACAGCGAAAAAUCGACGACUCUGAACUCGACUCCGGCGACGAUGAAGGAAGAACCGACCGAAUCGCACACACCGUUGAAGACGGCGAGGAAGCAUACUCACAAGAAAAACCACUCCGACUAGUGAACAUAGACAUGGCACGAGUCAAGCCCCCGGAAGGAGAAGAGCUCUACCUAUUGAACAUGCCUCCGUUCCUGGGCGUCAAACACAAAAACUUCAACCCAGCUACUUAUGAAGCUCCUCAAAAGCCUCACGACGGCCGGGAUCCAGCAGUCGACCCUACCGCGAAAUUCUCCCCCUUCUCUACCGCAGCCAGCUCAAUCUUCUGGCGGCGCGACCCCAAAGACGCCGAACUUCUCCAGUCCAACUCCCGCAUCAUUCGAUGGUCCGACGGUAGCUUGACUCUGCAGAUCGCAUCCUCUCCUAAAGACCACUACCGUAUCUCUACCACCGCCCUGAGACAAGGCUGGCCUAAGAAGCCUGGCUCGUCCCAACCAGACUACGACCCGAACAAAGAUACUCACAACUACCUCGCCGCUCCUCACGCGGCAGUGGGCCUCGACGCUCAAAUCAUUGCUCCCUUCGAUGCGUCCAUGAAAAUCCAACCCACCGGAGACGUUGCAGACGAAUCCGUCCUGAAACUCCAGCAAUCCCUCGCAGCAGCAACACAAAUGCACGACCCUCUCUCUAGCUUCAAAAUCACGACUAAGGAUCCUGAAAAGAGGAAGAAAGAGGCCGAACUGUUUGAGAAAGAGAAACUGCGAGCAUUCCGCAAGGUAGAAAACGCACAAGACCGGUUACUACUGCGAAAGGACCGCGUUCUUGGUCGCUCUGGCCUAGGUCGCAGCGGCGGCCUAAGCAUCGCCGGUCUCGAAGACGACGAGGGCAUGCCCACAGCGCGCGGAACCAAGAGUAAAGCACGGCCCAAGAGAAACCGUCGCGGCGAGAUCUAUUCGGACGACGAGGAUGAAGACUACCCGCGUGGUCGUGGUCGACAAGAUGAAUACGAUCGUGAAGACGACUUUCUUGCUGCUAGUGAUGAAGAGCCCGAGGUCUACGACGACGAGGCAGAUGAGGUUGAAGCAGAAGAAGAGGAUCCUGAUGUCGAUGAUCUUGCCAUUGAUGGCCGGGACACGGUGAUCGAGAAUCGGACGAGAGGAGGAAUCAGAGAGCGGGAUAGAGGGUCCACGCCGAAACGUGCAGCCGAGGACGAAGACGAAGACACUGCGCCGAGGGACAGCCCACAAGCCCGAAAGAAGAGGCGCGUCAUUGAUGAUGAUGAAGAUGAUGAAUGAGCGGAGACAGUCCAAUUGGCAGACUACGACAAGGAUUGGGUCUCGCCAUUUCAGCAAUGCCCGGCGGGAAUAUGGGGAACGAAAAAUCCAGCUGAUAACGAUUCAGCGUCAUAUUGUACGGACAUACAGAAGUGAUUGGAGCAUUGCCGGUGUCGACACGAAGGUCUGCUGCACACACAAAAUGUUGAUGCAUAGGCGUAUGAUCGGAUAGCCAUGCUAGCUGCAAGGCAUCACCCUCACCAUCACCAGUGCUCACAGCCUCCAUCUUGGAGAGCAAUACCCAAUAAACUCAAAGAUUGCUGUGGUCGAAGUCCCUUUUCUCGCUUCCUUAUCUAUCCUAGAGCUCUCUGCCUCACCACCCAUACACCAAUCUGCUAGAGUACUAUUCUGUUCAGCCGUAAUGUAACUCAAUGUCCAGCGAUUGAACCAUGAACUGGACAGAUAGGAAAUCUCGGGACUGGACAAGGUCUGAGGAGAUGUGAAUGCCUACUGAAAUCUAAAGGGUGGUAGCAAGGUCGACUGUACCGCAGAGAAUUUUUGGUUGGAAAGGAUGUCUCAUUCCUUGAAAUCUUACACAUACAUCCCCUAUCGAGG